UAAGAUAUUAAAGAUUAUGUUCCAUCUAGAUAUUUUGUACAUUUCCUACUGCAAAUAUUUAUUAACAUAAUUUUUAUUAGUAAUAUGCAUUGCUUAUUUGGACCUUAUUUGGAGAAGGCAAUUUUCUCAAUAUUUAGAUUUUUUUGCACCCUCAGAUUUCAGAUUUUCAAAGAAUUGUAUCUGGGCCAAAUGUUGUCCUAUCCUAACAAACCAUGCAUCGUUAUAAAGUACUAUGUAUAAAGCUCAAUUUUGAAAAAUGGACUGGUUUUAUGGUAAAUAAAUAAAAAUGUUUAAAAAGAUUAAUUUUAUAUAGAAUUUCUAAUGCUGUCGAUGUACAUCCUUACCUUAAUCCAAAAAAAAUAAAAAUAAAUAAAAACAUAAAAAGGGUGGCUUUACUAGUGCCUUUGCAUUUAUGUAAAAUUUAAUUUAAUCAAAAUAAAUACUUUAAAGCAACUUUCAUCCUCAUUGUAAGCCAAAAGGUCCUUUUUCCCAUAAAAGAGAGAGUGGCCUUGAACGCCGAUUAUUUUCAUUGAUUUAUUUCUGUAUUAUUUGUCCAGCGGCUGAAGGAAUGACGAAGCUUACGUCACUGCUUGAGAACGGCGUUGCGUUGGAUGCCUAGUUACCAUAACAACCAAACCAUAUACGGAAAUAAUUACAAGCGGCGGACGAAACCAGCGAAGAAGGUAUUAUUGUCUUCAUCGAUUUGCAGGUCUGCAUAUUCUGAUUUAAAAUGCUCGUGCAAAUGUAUUAGCGAUACUUAUUCACAUUUAAGAUAGAAUAUAAAAUGACGUACUGAACCUUCGAAAAUUUAAGGCAGGGUCAGUACAAUAACUAACUUUUCAGUAUGUAAAUACACAUCGGAAGCGCAUCUGAAGCACCCUAACGGAGAAGAUGGCAAGUCCGCAAACGUCCGAGCGGCCCCCGCCGCGGAUUGACCCCACACAGGCGCCGGUGGCUUUCGGUCGCUGGGCGGUCCCGAAGCUGAUGCUGGAGCUGCGGGACGAGGAGCUGUUCACCCGGCAGAGGGCGCUCGCUGCACUCCUCGACCUCGUCCACGACCACGAGCGGGCCUAUGAAGCCAUCCUCAGCGGGUGUAUGGAAAGACUUAAAGUUUUGCUGCAGGAUGAAGAUGACUUGGUCAGGCUCAAAACUACUGAAGUGCUUUAUGUGCUUGCUUCACACAGCUUGGGGAGAGAUGCCUUUUUGAAAUUUGACAUUGUGGGUCCCCUCGCAAAACUGAUCGAGGACCCCGUGAAUGCCUGUCGUAAAAACAUGCACCGAGCACUCAACAGGAUCGCUGAAUUUCCUUCAGGAGCGGUGUUCAUGGUGUCUAUGGGGCUGGUGCCCAGACUGGUGCUGAAGGUCUCCGAUGAAGAAGAGAGCAUCCGUGCUUUAAUUCUCUCCACACUGAGCCUCUGCGUGAGCGUGAACGCCCUUCCGGCGCUGGAGAGCGACGCGGUUCCCGUCCUGAGAGAUCAGCUCUCUCAGCCGUCUCCCGCCAUCCGCCGGGCAGCCACCUCUGCUUUAGUGGGAAUCAGUGUGCCCGCAGAUGGGAAGAUGAAGGUGUGCGAGGAGAAUCUUCUGCCCACGUUAGUCGAGCUGCUGUCGGAUGAUGACCAGGGGGUUGUGGCUAAUGCUGCGGGGACCAUUAUGAACACGGCCGUUAUCACUAAGGGUAAGACCGAGGCUCUGAAGGCAGGUGCCAUCGCCCCUCUGCUGCAGCUGGUGGCGAGUGAGAAUACAGCGGUGUGUGCCAAUGCCCUCCGUGCCCUUACAGUCCUGGCAGAGGUUCCCAGGGCCCGGGCUCUGCUGCUGGAGCAUGUGCCUCUGCUGAAGAGCAGACUCACUCACCCCAGCGCCGUCAUCCAGAGGGCCGCGUCCACCGCCAUCGAAGUCAUCUGCUGGAAACCCUGA